UAUACCCGGAAGUUAAGUUGACAUUUAUGUACAUUGUACAAGAUUGUGCUGAUCUAUGAAGAUCUGGAGGACACUAUCGGGUUUCCUAUUACGAUUGGGAUACAGUAUUUUAAUAAAUUGUUUCUCUCCAUGAGGAAGGGGACAACGAUAUAAAGCAUUUUUUCAACAUCUAUUCUCACUUUGUUCUGUAACUUUUGUUCUAAUUCGUUUGCAUUGCUGUUGAUUUUCUAUUUCUCGGCAUUUAUACCCUAGUUAUCAUCGUUACGGUAAUAUAGCCGUAUACCAGCACACUUGUAAAAUUUGGAAAAAAAAAUUGUAAAAUGGUGAAGAAAAUUAGGGUGAGAAGCAACAAUAUUACGGAAGAAAUUCAAGCACAACUUAGAUUACAGCAUUUGAAAAAUGGUGGGCAGAUCGAAUCAUGGAUUAUUCCAUAUGGAAUAAUGUUUUCAGCGAUUUUGAUGGGAUUCUUGUUGCUACUGUUCUGCCAAGCGAAAUCGAGAAAACGAAGGGCAUUGAAUCGAGACAAUAGACAUUGUGAUUUUGUGAUGGUGGAGGAAGACGAAUAUUAUAGAGCCGAUGAUGAAUUUAAAAGAGCAAAAACAGCAGGUGCUCAGAAUUUUGAUCCUCCUCCACCUGUCCCUGAGAGAAAAUCUUCAAUCGUCACUAGAAAUGCAUAUAUGUCAAAAUCUGUAUAUCAAAACCCACCGAACGCAACUACAUCAUAUGUUACUUCUCAGAACGGCUCUCAUGUUGAAACAGAAACUAUAUUUGUUGACCCAUGGGGUCAAAUGAGUGCGUCGCCAUCUCCUACAAAAAUGAGUGGUAAAAACUGGUGGGAAAUGCCCUCAUCAGACUUAUAAACUACCAUCUAGUCGUGUUUUACAAAUAUUUGUUUUAUCAUAUUCGUUCACGGUAGUUUGCGCUUGAACUAAAUCCUUAGAAACUGGGUUCCUGUUAGUAAUUUGAGAUGCAUGUGAUUUUAUCAAAUAUUCCUAGCAGUAAGCUGAAAACUUGCGAUAAUCGCUGCUGCUUGCUAAAUCGCGCUUUGGCGCAUUCCAAUAAACACAAUUCACACCUGUAAGAAUAAGUCUUAUUGACACGAAGAAUGCAUAAGAAUCGAUUUGCUAAAUUGUCGUAUGGGGUAUUUGUUUUUGUCGGAAGCACAGUUCUCCGAUUUCAAGAUUGUCGACUAUUUAGAUAUACCCAAAAAACACAUUACUUGUCUGUGAAACGAGGGGUUCAAAAUAGGGUAAUUUUAUGCUAAAUUAGGCCGUAAACAUUUAACCUUCGUAUCCAUAUAUUUGAACAUUGCUCUCUUGUUAUUUAUUAUUAUAAUUAUCAUAUUGACAUUUGCCUUGCAUGAUAGAUGAUCCUAAAUUAAUGGCAAUAAAAGUUGCUAACACUGAUAAUGUUUCGCAACAUUACUAACCGUGAAAUGUUUCAAGACUAAUUUGAAUAGUCAAAAUAGUCAUUAUUGUGGCAGAUGUAUAAUGUGAAAGUAAAAAAAUCAGAAAAAACAAACAGAACCUAUAAAUUACUUAACUAACUGCUACAAAAAUGGAGUGAAUUAAUCAAUUUUCUUUUUGCACGUUUUGCACAAAAAAAUACGUUCUCUUCAGAAUAUGUUCCAAAUGCCCCCCUCGGCGUUGGAGACACCCUUGAAUGCGUUAGCAAAAUUGUCCAUCACUCGCACAGACUUCUCUAUGGGGAUUGCUCUGACUUCUGCGCUGAGUUCACGGGUCAAGCCCGAUGAAUGAGGUGCCCACUCGGCGUCAUUGCAGAUCAUAUCGGCUUUCACUGAAAUCGCUCUGUCAGUCAAGGGUGUGAUUUGAAUGGGGGUCGCCCCAUCAUGCUGUAACUGCUCGUUGCCUCUAUCAAUCCCUCUAAAACGUACAAGUGAUGUCCAGCACUAACGUUCCCUAUUCACGACUUGAGCUCGUUCAUCCUCGUCCGCAAACCAAUUAUGCCAUGUCUGAAAAUGAUUACCCGUGUCGUGCAAUCUACCGAGUGUAGUUGUCUUCGUACGACUUCCUUCGUGGCGCUGUGCCUCAAUAAACAUAAUUGUUGCUAUUGACAUCCUGACUGUAGGAAAUGCGCACCACUAACUGGAAAUUAAUGAAAUUUAUGGGUUCAGUUUUUUGAGGUCACCCUGUGGAUUUUGCAAAUCUAAACUUCCGUUUAAGUAGUUUCUGUUUCAAGUGGCGGUGGCGUUGCAGGUGCCUCCCAUUUCCCUCAUCCUGUUAGACUUGUCGCACUCGGUAUCUUCUUCAGUGGCCAUUUGAAUACAUAUACUGUGCUGAGCUAACGGAUCCACUAGUCUAUUUCAAACAACGCUUUGAGCGUGUGCAUCCUUUUUCAGCUACGAAAUUUUCGCUUCUGUGUCUGCGCAGUCACUAUUUAAGCUUUACUGAUGUAAUAAUUAUCAAAUACACUAUAUUUUGCAAAAUCCUAAAUGGCAGUUAUUUGUUCCUUGUGACAUAUGAUACGACCAAUGUUUUGUUUGAGAUGGAACUUAAGAGAAAGGUGGAAAGUAUAAGAAAAUACGCCACCCGAGAGACCAGAUCUGCAACCUAUAGUAGAAUGAAAAAUGGUGCCUAAAUGUUCUAAAUAACGGAUUACUCAUCAGCUAACAUUCGGAACGAUUUUGAAAAACAUUUUCACAGGAGGUCGUGUAAAUAACAUGCCACAUAGAAUACGAAUGAUACUGCUUUAUUUUUAAUAUAAAUAAUAAUUUAUCAUUAAGAAAAAAUACCAUUUUAGACGUAAAGCAAAAAAAGAUCUACUAUGUAAUGACGAGUAAAAUAAUUUGCAGAAUAGUCAGCAAUAACGAUUAUCAAAAAUGAUUCGCAAAAAUGAUUAAAAUCAAUAUUGAAACUAUGCGAGCGAAAUAGAGAGCUACACAAAAGGAAGCAACACAUAAAAGCGCACAUGAUUUUAACACUACUGUAUUAUUGAUGCAUAAGCGACAUUGUACAAAUGGAAUUGAAUCACAGUCUUUUAUUCUCAUUUAAUACGAUAACAUACAGCAUAUUCAACUUAAAAAUAUACUAUUAACAUGAUCAAGAAUCUUGUACAAAGGGGGGUUAUUUUGCAGUAACAAUAGAAUUGACCCUUUUUAUUCAUCAUAAUUUUGAAAUAUUUGAUGUCUUGCAGGCAAGUUUUUAAUUAUUUGUAGUUACAUUCUAUUCCUUUGGCCUACAUAUUUUAUAAAUAUCUAUUCUGAAAGUUAUUUUAAUAUUUCCGUUCGUACCUAGUUGAAUUUGGCAACAUACAUUAUGAACUACAAUCAGUUCGAAAGAAAUACUGUCAUUAUAGAACUCGUCAGCAUGCUACACUAACUUCAUUUUACAGAUGCUCUGUUAUAUAAUGCUGAUUUUAGGAUGAAACUUAAGAACAAUGGUGAUGUCUAAGUAACUAAGAUUCAGAAUAUACAAUGUUAUAAAAAUACAUCAGCCCUAGAGAUUCAAAAUAACAUGGUGAUCACUCAUUUACAUUGAUGUUUAUGAUUCGCCAUACAAAUGCGUCAUAAUAUGGAUAUUAGUAACCAAAAGAAGAGAAUGGAAAAAUACAGCGCAAAAUGCUUAUAUCAUUUGGAGUCAACUAUCGGUUGCUGAAAUGUUGAAAAUUGUUUUGAAUUAGAUUGUAAAAAAAA